AGAUGCUCAGGAGCGAGCCGAGCGGGCGACAGAUGAUUCCGCACUCCGCAGCCCUGCGUUGUCUCCUCGUCCUUUCGCUCGCCGGCGCCAUCCUUGGACUUGGAGAGCGCCUCGGGGCCAAGGAGUGCGAGGACUUGGGGUUCACGGGCCUCGCCCUCUGCUCCGAUUGUAACACCCUCGGCGAGUACGUUAAGGAUAAAGAAUUGGUAUCAGAUUGUCGUAAAUGUUGCUCAGAGGAUUCCGACGAUUCCUUAAGUAAGGUUACGUUCUCGGGUGCAAUUUUAGAGGUAUGCAUGAGGAAGUUGAUGUUCUAUCCUGAAGUUGCAGCAUUUAUAGAAGAAGAGAAAGAUGAAUUCUCAUAUGUCAAAUUCAAAUAUGCUUAUGCAUCCCCACCGAAACUUAUCAUGCUGGACAGUGAGGGUAAUGAAAAGGAAACCAUAAGAAUCGACAACUGGAAACGUGAACACAUUCAGCAAUUUUUAAAAGAAAAAGUGAAGCCUGGCGUAUCUGUAAGCUGAAGGUUCCAUACAUCAUAGAGUUUUGGCAUUGACAAAGGACAUACGACGGGUUUACAUGCUUCACUCACCAGCUCUUUGAGUUUCAAUAAUUACAUAAGAUUUAUUGCAUAUUUCCACUAUAAAAGUAAGAAUGACACUGGUAACUACAUCAGUAUUUUGUUUUUUUGUUUUUGUAGUAAUCAACAUCUUCCAAAUCUGCAAUGCUUUUUAUUCAGUAUUCA